AUCUAAAUAGAUAGAUAGGGAAAUGUUUACUAACGAAAGGACGUUGCACUGUGUUGUGUAAAGUAGCUAGUAUCUAUAACGUUAGCUGUAAUACUUCAUCCUCGGGUCCUCUAGCCUACCGCUGCGUACCUCAACUAGAAAUGUACCAAUUUAAGUUUCUCAAGGUGAGAUGUUGCCCUGGCAUGCAUGAUCUCCACAUUUCUUCCUGAGUGUGUCAAGCCAGACAGUAACCCCCACAGUGCCAUGGCUGAGGUGUUGGGACAAAGGAGCUUGUUGGGCUUUGGUGUGGUGUUGGCAUGGCUGGUGCUGUUCCACCUGCUGGUCAACAUCUGGCUGCUGUGCGUGUUCACUAGCCUGCUGGUGGUGCUCGGUGGCUGGCUCGGCUCGCAGGCCGUCCUGGAGUCCAACAGUGUGGUUCACCUGGAGAGGUUUAUCACCCUGGAGGAGAUUCCACCGUCUGUGGAGGAUGAGCAUCACUUGGACAAGGAGAUCCACAACACAGUGAGGAAAAUCAUCAGGGACUUUGUCACCUCCUGGUACUCCACUGUGGCCUCUGAGAGUGGUUUUGAAAUAGAGGUUCAAGAGGCCAUGAUCUCUAUGGCCAUGCAGCUGAAAAUACGCGCAAGACAGCUUGACAGAAAGGAGCUGACCCAGAGGAUUCUAGAUAUGUUUGGCUGCCACCUGCAGGACUACAUGAAAGCCAAGGAGCUGGUGGCCGAGCAGCAGAAGCCUCUGAAAGUGAAGUGGAGCAGUGAGGCCGAGCAGUUGUGGAAAGCGUAUUCCACGGUUACCACGCCUCAUCUCGCCAUGACCAGUGACACAAUGGAGGUCAACUACACCAGAGCGGUUGUAGAUAUGUUGCUGCAUGUUUUGGUGCCACCACCUCACUUGGAGAGCCGCACUGGACGGUUCGUUGUCGGAGAGCUCAUCACCUGCAAUGUUCUGCUCCCUCUUAUCGCUAAACUGUCCGACCCUGACUGGUUAAACAUUCUCAUGAUCGAAAUAUUCAGCAAGUCCAGUAAACCGCAGGAGCCAAUCACAACAGAGUCGCUGGCUUCGUCACCGCCGCUACAGCCACCGCCUGCUGAAUCAGAGCUCGCUCCGCUACAAGAGACAAUGCAUGCACCUCAAAAGACUAAUGAAGUUCCUACACUAAGAGCUGUGACUGAAACGGUCAGUGACGCAGAAAUGGCCACGCCUGAGCUUGCCAGCUAUGAUGUGAUUGACUCAGAGGAGGUGGACUCUCCACAGAUCAUCACUGAAGAAGAAGACCCUACUCUGCCCUUUUUAAGGCAUUACAUGAGAGGAAGCAAGUCAAACCCGUUUUACCAGGAAAAUGACUCUGACCUGGAUUCUCCUUCGGCUGACUAUAAACUAAGUUCCCUUGAUUCCCUGGUAUUGAUAGGCCAAGAAGAGGGCCUGUAUGACAGACAGAAAGAAUAUGCCUUGUCUGUUGAUGACAGUAAUGGUGUGGACUUGGAGGAUGUUAGCCCCAGUCUAGUGGAUGGCUCCUGUCCCAAAGUCCUGGUGAAUUCAGAACCAGUAGUGCAUCCUAAUGGCUGCAACCCCUCAUCAGUUAGGAGAGCAGAAGGGAUUCUUAGUAACAGCAGCCUCCAAGACCUAGAGAGGGAGGGCAGCUCCCCUUCAGUAAACCCAGCCAGAGAGCUCCUUCUGGCAGUAGAACAGACUGGGCUGGGGAACCCCAAUGAGCUGACUGUAGUCAGUCCGUGUCAGGUGUCUUCCCCUAUAGCGUCGUUCAGUUUUGAGCCCCUCAGCAGCCCCGAUGGACCAGUCAUCAUCCAGAACCUCCGCAUCUCUGGCACCAUCACAGCUAAGGAACACCGUGGCACCGGCUCACACCCCUACACUCUGUACACUAUCAAAUAUGAGACAGCGAUGGGCUGUGAGACCCCAGGAAGCAUCCAGCCUGGCUCUGAGGAGGCUGAAGUUGUUCUCCCAGGUGGUGAGAACACAUCUCCCGUUCAGUCGGUAGCCUAUCACAUGGUCAACAGACGAUACAGCGAGUUCCUCAACCUGCAAACACGGCUGGAAGAAAAAACGGAUCUACGGAAACUCAUCAAAGGUGUGAAAGGUCCAAAGAAAGUAUUUCCAGACAUGCCGUUUGGAAACAUGGAUAGUGACAAGAUAGAGGCCAGGAAAGGACUUCUGGAGACCUUUCUAAGGAUACUCUGUGCCAUCCCUGAAAUAGCCAACAGCGAAGAGAUGCAGGAGUUUCUGGCUCUCAAUACAGACGCCAGGAUUGCCUUUGUCAAGAAACCUUUCAUUGUGUCACGCAUAGACAAGAUUGUGGUGAAUGCCAUUGUGGACACCCUGAAGACAGCGUUUCCUCGUUCUGAACCUCAGAGCCCAACAGAGGAUAAUGAGGCAGAGAUUGACGGAGUGAAAAUAAUUGUUGACAAGAAGAGCAAGUCUCGUCUGAAGUUCUCCAGUAAAAACAUCCCCUUCAUGAACGGCUCAGACAUUAGACCUCCGGUUUUGUUCAUUUGGGAUCAAACUAGCACAGUGUUUAGCGGGAUGUCUUUGGGAGAUUUGCAAGCCUUUGUCUCUGAACAAGAAAAACUGUCCAUCAGAGUCGAGUCAGAGAGGGAGGACAGUCCAGCAAUAAGAGAAUUCGGAGGCUAUCGGGGUGACAUGUUGAGAGGAAAGCACAGUCAGGAACCUGCAUCUGAGACGGCACUGGCUGAGGUGGCUCUGAAUAUUAUGUGUCUGCUGAUGAAGGAGCAGUGGAGCUGGCUGUGCACUGAAAACAUUCAGAAGACCAUCAGGCUGCUGUUUGGGACCUUUAUUAACAGAUGGCUGGAUGUGAGCGUGGCCAACCUGACACACACUUCAUACUGGGUGGUGUAUCUGCAAGUCAUCCAGGAGUCAGUGUGGCCAGGAGGAGCUCUGCCUACGGCCCCACGACUUGAACGCAGCCAGCAGCAGAAGGACAGCACCAGGCAGCAAGCCUUACACAGUCUGAUGAGACUCCUACCAGAUCUGAUCUCAGACAUGUUGGGCUCAGACAAGUACAAACUCAGCUGGCAGACUGCACUGGACUCUCUUCAAGACCCCUAUAUUAACAGACAUCUGGUCUACUGCAUAUUUGAUCUUCUGCUGGAGUUCCUGGUUCCUGAAAUACCUGAGGAGGACUUCCAGAGGAGCCUGUUGCAUACCCUCGCCAGGAACCCAGAGAAGCUGCUGGCAUGAGGAGAAAACACCGCAGGAACACCUACAAACCCAGCUUUAAUUCCCAUCAUCCUAACUGACCAUUCACCACUGAUGAAUUGCUGACAGGCAGUGUGACAGUGGGGCUGCUCCUGUUCUACUAAUGUUCUGCGAUGAGAGUGGAAGUGAAUGUUCCGGGUGAGACUGAAUAUUCUUUGUCCUCACUUUAAAUUCCUGACAUCCCCUCAGGCCUGUCUUUGAUUACUUUUGUUGAUGUGAUAACAUACGAGGCUCACACACUUUAGCACAACCUCCAUUUGAAGCAGCUUUGAUUACACGAGAGCACCUGGUUUGGGUUUGAUCUUAGAACGCAUCUGACCUGCUGGUCAGAUCUAAACAUGUGGCAAAGCCUUCUCCGAUCUCCACAUCAGGCCUCUUCCUGCUCGCUAAACUCUCCGGCUUUGACAAAACUCACUUCAGAUGGUCUUCACACUCUGCCCUCAUCCCCUCUUGCAGUUUCUGGGUAGAAACAUCCACACCUGUUGCUCUAAUCUAGAGAAGCAGGAUUUGCUUUUCGCCCCCCUAACUUAAAUCUUAAAAUGCUCUAUUGGGAUUUAGCAUCACUGUUUCUAUUCUCUGUCGACCCAUUCUUCACUACAUCCCACUGACUGUGUAUCGAGCCACACAUGUGAUUGUGACAUAAUGUGAGCUAUUCUUCCUAAACCUGAGCCUUCCUGAGGGAUCACAUGUAUCUGGCAGGGAUAUAUAUAUUUUUUUCUAACCUGCAAAUGUCCAGGUGUGGGAAAAGUACAUAGUGUAGUGAAAAGUUGGCCAUAAGAUAUUUUACUGGCUUCACAGAUGCGUCACAGUUCCUUUAACAGGUCCCUUUGGAGAAUUAUCUGCGCAGUUAAUGUCGAAAUCAUAUAAGAACUGAGCUCCACUAAAACAGGUAUAUGAAAGAUUUAGGAACGGUGCUGGUCUGAUCUGAACUGCUGGAGUCUCACUUACUUUUACUGGUAUCUAUCCAUGCUAUCCAUGUCUCCACCCAAAGACAUGAAAUAGAAUUUAAUUUGUGGUGAUCGCAGUAUUUAAGAAUUAGGUUAAAACAAUUCAGUAGCAAUGUGUCCAAGAGCAACUUCCCCAUUCCUGUGGUAAAAUCCACAGACCUCACUGUGGACAGUUUUCACUGAAACUACUUUUGCUGAGGAAAUCGUCCCUAUGAAAACUGCUGACUGUGCAUUCUGUGGAUCUUGUUAACACUUUUCGCAGCAGAUAUUUUGACAUUGGUAGGAAAAGAACAAGUGAGAACUAACAAUGGCUCUGUUCUAUUCAAGUGUACCAGUUAGUCACGACAGUGUUACAGAUUGGGGCUCUACCGAAUACUUUGACGCUUCGAAGCUUCAUUCAGAACGUUGACAUUCCAAUUCUAAAUCAACAUUUGAAUGUUUUUUGUUUUUUGUUUUUUAUUUCUGUUCAUUGUGUUAGAAACCUGUACUUUUUCACUGUUGCAGACAUGGUCUGAAAUUAGCACACGCGGGUAAAUUGUUGGCAGCGGCGGGUAAAAUCAUCAGGCCAUCCGCCACUCUGGUAGGCAGGGAAAACGCUAGAGAUGGGAAUAGAUUGGGAUCCUAUAGUUGUCUGAUUCCUCAGCAUCUCAUGCCUCUGUGACUACCUAUUCCUCUUUGAUGCUUUCCGACUGUUACGCAUGCACAAUGACGCAUACCAUAUCAUGUUUACAGUUUGUUUGGGACCGGAGCUAUGUCGGAGAGAAAAAAAAAGCGCUCAAAAGCAUGGCGCUACUAAACCUGAGGGGACGCAUCCUAUUUUUUCCCUGAUAAUGCAACACUGUGAGCAACAAACCAGUUUUAGUGAGUCAGAGUUAGUAACCUGUUAGCAGCCGGUGGGCAGCACAGACCUGCUUGGCUAAAUAACGGAGCUACUAACGUUAACGGAGGUAGCAUUACAUUACAUUAUGAGGCGUUCAAGCUCUGCUCAGUAAAAAUGACUAUUGGCAAAGGUCAAUUAAAACGUUAUCAUGAUGUGUUCAAAUGUAAUCUUUUAGCAAGAAACUUGAAUUGAUCCAGUUGUUUGAAGGAGAUGUUUUUACAGCGAUAUAAAAUAGAUACUAGAGAAGGAAUUAUGAUCUCUUUAACUUCCUAACACUAGCUCUAAGAUGCUUAUAAAAUAUCAUUAAAACUACUGAUGCCAAGAUUUUUUUUUUGAUCAAAGCAAAUAUUUAAAUAAUCAUAAUCUUUUGAAUUGUGUGUUUUUCAUGCAAAUAGCCACUAUAGAGGACAAUAACAAAGUACAGUACAGUCUUGUGUACGGUACCCUCCCACCCCCCAAAAAUAGGGCUUCCCCAGAAGCUACGGAGUAAUUCAAACUCUGGUAUUUACCAUGCAUAUAAUGUUUUUUAUGUGAAAUAUAUCAAACGUUGAAUGACAACAGAUCUAAAAUGUUACUCCUUCAUUUAGCACAUAGAUUUCAAAGGUGGCAGAUAAAAUUUCUAAGUGGCAGACAAAAAAGAUACUUGCCUUUCAGACCCUGCAGAUAAAGAUUAGUCUACACCAGCGGUUCUCAAACUGUGGGGUGCACGUGACCGGAGGAAAAUGUGAUGCGCAAUCAAUGUUUUGAUGUUGGAAUCUUUUCUCACGGCGGAACAGUAUACUAAUCGCCUAUUUAUACAUUCAUGGUAGCAAUGGUGUUCAUUCACAGAGGUAGUCUGUAGGUUUACAGAAUGGACAGAUAUUUGACAGGGACAAAAAGAAAAACAGACGAUGCUUCAGAGACAAACAAGACGACAUGAAAUCUUAGCCUACCUUCCACCUUGUCUUCCCUCCUCUCUCUCAGACACACACAGAGCGAAUGACGCGGCACUCCGUCCAUCUCUGUAAUUCCCUCAGUCCUCAGUCCAAAAGUCCAAAUUUAUUGAAAAAAGAGAAAUCGUAAUUAUUUCCAAAAUUCACUAAAUGUUUUUAAUCAAACGAAAUAUUUUGCUUCAGUCCAUAUUUUUUGUUGAUAAGCCUUUCAAGAACAGCAGUUUCAUUGCGGUUAAAAACUUUUUUUCCCCACACCCACCUUUAACGGGGCGGUCUAUCAGCGAUCCAACAGCACCAUAAAAUACAUUUAUAUAAAUAUGAAUAAUAAUGAAUGCAAUGGGAGAUGAGGAGAGUCUGAAAACUCUGGCAGCUGACAGUGUGAGACCCAACAAAUCAAGAAGACAUUUAGAAACAUUACAUGACAGUCACAUCAAUAAAAGAAAGUGAUUUGAUAAAGUUUCACACUCCUACCAACCUAUUCAACAUACUAGGACUACCGACUGAAUAAACUAUAAGAAACAACAAUCAUAAGAAAAUGUUAUUACUUAUUCUUCUCAAAACAAUACUUGUUAUGUAAUUAAUGUCAGAUGUAAUCAUUUCAAAAAUUCACAACGUUUCUUCCCAACGUGUAAAAGGAUAGUUUCCCCAUCAUUGUAAAGUGCUGUUCUUGACUUAUCCCAAAGCGAACGUAUGAUGUGAUCAGUCAAUCGAUCUUUGCCACCUGAUGCGCUGAAUUAGACUGAUUCUGAUUUGCAUAUAUUUGAUCCUUUAUCCCGGACCUCCUCUUUUUGCUUCCUGACGACCAUGUAGUCAUGGAGUUCAAUAACUGUGGUCAAUCAUCAUCAUGUAAUCACCUCAGAAACCAUCUGAAGAGAGUUUUAGUGGUGUCACAGACUCACCACACAGUCUGCGGUCAUUUUAAACAGAUCGUUGAAGGUUUUUUGCACUUUGGAAAUCUGCCUUCGUGGUGGUAACACAACGAUCAGCGCUUCUUUCCCGGUCGGAUGAAGACAAUGAACAGGAAAACUGUUCCGAAGUAUGUUACAAGACAGACAAUCCCUCAUGUCUCAAUCACAGUGUAACCCUGAUGUCUUAACACAGAAUCUCUUCAAGCACUGCAUAGUUAAUCUGCAGUUGCAGCCGGCUAGAAUGACGAUGUCAUCCAGAGUAAAUCAGAGUUUCUCAACAUUUUCUCGCAUCAUUUUAACGUUCCAAAAUGUUACGACUUAAAUUUGGAGAGGUUAUGUGAAUUGUAAUGCUGCAUAUUUUUGUAUUUAAUUUUUUAGGAUUAUUAUUGAGUCCACCUGGGUUAUAGUGACAUGAAGAUAUGCGUUUUUUCUCAUUUAAAAUACAUUAAAUAAGUCUCCUGUGACUGAAUCUACAUAUUCAGUUUAAGUCAAGUGGGAUUCUGAUGCCAAGUUUGGCAAAUGUUACAUUCCAUCUUGGAAGUAAAAAAAAUAAUGUUUCUACCAUUCCAGCUGUUUUGCACUCAUAUCCUGGUUUAGUGGUCUCAUCCUUGUCUUAAAGUCUGUGUUUUUGUUCCCUUUCCAUUGUGUUAACUUGUGAUUCAGUCUAUUUAUUAACCUAUUUAUUUGCUUGAUUUACUAAUCUGUGACGUUUUCGAGGUACCCGUUGUGACGACGAGGAUCGUCCUUGCUUAUGAAGUGCUUUUAACUGGAUUUUGCCUUACAAGGUGACUUGAUGAAGUUUGGUCCGCCUGUCCUGCAGCAAUGCAGCUGCAGUGUAGCCACUGACCCUGCCUUAGUAGAACAUACUGUAAGCACCCAGUUACAGCUUUCUGUGGUGGAACUUUUUUUUUUUUUUAUUGUGUAAAAUUGUACUGAAUGUUGAAGCUGUUACAGUUAUUUGUUGUGAAGAGAUUUUCUUUUGCUUGCUUACGCUGAUGAAGGAAUUCAAUGUAUGUUGCCACGUGAAACAGAAAAAUGACACAGCAUGUAUUCUCUUAUCUACUGCUGCGGAUAUUGCCACCAUGACAUCAAAUAUUUCCUCAGUAUAUCAUUAAAACAAGAACAUUUUCUUGCUUUAACUUUUUCAUGUUACAAAUGAGCAUCCACUACAUCACCUGCUAUAAGAAGAUGAAAGAUUCAUAAUUUUUAUAAAGUUAAAUCAACCAAUACUUUAUAAGCAUACAAAAACGUUGUGGAAAGCAAAAAAAAAAAAACCAUGCUAGACUUUCUGUCGGGACGUCGUGAGGCGUCCCAGACGCGGCGUCAGUUGUCGUGUACUAUGACACAUUACACGAGAUAAAACGAUUUUUGCACACGACACUCAUUUAUCGUUCCCGAUCCGAGUCGACACCCUACGACGGCCUUGUCGGGCUAUAACCGGGCUGAUGUCGUGUAGUCUAACCGGGCAUUAGUCACAUUCUUCAUGUCCUUCAUGAUUAAUUUGACACAUCUGUUUCCGUUGCCUUUUGUCGCAUUUUGCUUUCCAGUUUCCACCUCAGCUAAGUGUAAAAGCGUUUUUGCGAUAUUUUGAGUUUUUAUUUUAUGUGAAAAUUAAAAAUGUGCAUAAAAACAGCUGGAUGGAAGCACACCUGUAACUGGGUUUCACUCAUAUCCACAUAUGUACAUGCACCAGUGCUCUCUUCUAAAGUAAUUUUUCCACAUUUUUAGCUGUAAUCUGUGCUUAUCUACAUUAUUACAAAUGAUCAAGGUGAUUUUGAAUGAUUUUUUCUUACUUCUGGAAAGUAGGCAUAGAUACACAAACCAAUGUGAACAACAGUUCACACUCAUAAUACAUAAUAACAUCCUGCCACAUGUCUCUUAUUAUUAUGUUAUAUGACUCAUCAAGGCUACAGCAUCUCUUUAGGCACUGACUGGACCUUUUUCUCGUUAUAACAAUAUAGCAAUUUAUUGCUAUAAUGAGACACAUUUCUUGUUUUAAUGAGUCAUGUUGAUUUUGUGUAAUAAUGAAAAUGUUUCGGUACAAAAAGAUGAAGGAUAUGAUGUUAUAGCGCGAAAUGUUCCUUGCAAAAAAAAUGUAGUAAUAAGCAGAAAGUUAUGUCAUAAUAAUGAAAAAUAUCUCAUAACCAGGAUAUCUUUAAAGCAUUUUGUCUUUAUAACAAGAAACUGAUUAAUUUUUUUUGUAAUGGUGGCACGACUAUGCUUCCAUACCUAUCUGCUUUAAUAGAUGUUAGAUGUUGAAAAAAGUGCACAGUGCCGUUUUUUUUUUUUUUUUUGGAACCUCAUAUAUUUAUGCCAAAUGUUAAUUAGUGCAGCCAAUGUUUUAUAGACAGACAGACAAUAUAAACAUUGGAGCUUUAUCUGUUUUAGAGAAAAACAUGACAUUGUACAGAUCCACUGUUAACUGUAAUCCUGUUUACUAUUACCUUUGCACUCUUUUUCACCCUUUGGUCUUUUUUUCUAUCCGAUCCUGUUGUCUGGUGUUUAUCGUACAAUCACUUGUGGACACAUGGAGUUGUUUUGUGCAUGUUAACACUGUGAAUCUGUCUCCGUUUGCUCAGCACAGACUGUCUCGCAGUCUUCUAAACAUUUGCUCGGUGUUCCUGAGCAUAUUUGCAAAAACAAUAAAGUUACCAAACAUGAGUUAUUAAAUCUUCAA